AUGGUUGCACCUCAAGAAUCAAUGGUGAUUAGAGAUCACAAUCGCAUGAUCAAAGGAAAGCGCACCAAGCGGCAAAGGCCCAUCUCUCAGCUUUCACUAACCGUGGCUACUAGCUCAUGUAGCUCCGCGGAAGUCAGUGGUGGCGGUUUUGGUGGUGCAGAAACGGAGGAGGAAGAAGAAGAAUACAUGGCCAAUUGUUUGAUUCUUUUGGCUAAAGGAAAAACACAAAAAAUAUGUGAACAACCUGCCGUUACGAGGUCGAGUGUAUACCAGUGCAAAACAUGUAACAGAUGUUUCCCUUCAUUCCAAGCACUUGGUGGGCAUCGAGCAAGUCACAAGAAACCUAAGACAACAACCCUAGAAGAGAAUGUACUUCAAAUCAGUAACGAUCAUGGUACAAAUCUUUCAUUUCAGGUUUCAAGGUGUGGAGAUCUAUGCAGCCCAGAAAAUAACAAAUCUAGGGUUCAUGAAUGUUCAAUAUGUGGAGCUGAAUUCACCUCUGGUCAAGCCUUAGGGGGUCAUAUGAGAAGGCAUAGACCAAUGCCUAAUCAUGAUCAAGAUUCUCUAAAAGCCAAGAAGUCAAGAAAUCUGUUAUCAUUGGACCUUAAUCUUCCUGCAGCACCAGAAGAUGAUAAUGAUGAUGAUCAAAGAGAAUAUUCAAAGUUUUCUUUUGCAUCAAAAGAACAAAGUCUUCUCUGGCUCUCCUUUGGUUGA